AGCUCAAAGACCCACGUGGCGCCUCGGCGAGGUCGGGGCCAUGGAGUAUGUGGCGGAAUGCGCCGCGCUGGACUCCUCGCUGAUCACAUGGGUCACCGCCAUUGCCGUUGCGGUUGUUAGCGUGCUCUUGGUUCUCCUGACCACCGGUACGGAGUCGACGAGUCGGCAGAUGUUCAUGAUCUUUGCCUGCUCCACCUGCCUCACCUUCGGCUGCAGCGGCACCUCGGGGCUGAUGCUGUACCGCCUUCAGCAGAACCCUUCGGCAGCUUGUGGAUCUGCCUGGGAUGAGGAACAUCAUCAUUGGAUGUAUGCCUGGCUGUUUGCCACUGCAUUCUCCCCUUUCCCUCCGGCUGCGUUGGCCGCUCUGUCGCUGAGCACCGCCUCAUUUAGUGGUCGCACCAUUGGAAUUCUCAUUGUCUUUGCGCUGGCGCUAGGCGUGAGUGCUUUCGAGAUCUUCCAGUUUGUGACGCUGAACACCGUCACAGCAGUGUACCCGUUGUCCUUCAUGGGGGUGGCGCUGCUGGUCGCCUUGGUGGUGCCCUUGACGCAGGAUUUGCAGCAAGUGACGCUGGCGGCGAUGCUGAGCGCGGGCUUGUACCUAGCUGGAGGCCUGGCGUCCUUUGCUAGUCUCCCGGGGGUGAUGACGGAGCACGCGGUGUGCAACGUCUUGGUGGCGCUGUCCGUGGUCUUUGCCUGGUUUACCACUCAGGGGAAGCCGCCGGAGCUCAAAGACGACCGAAAGCUGACCCAGCCAUACAGCGACCCGGAGCGAGAACGCAUGCUGCAGGGACAGACAGAUACGGAGGUGGAGCAGCCUUGCUGCUUCUGCUUCAAAAAGCGGGCGCCGCAGGAGACGGACUGGACCUACGCGAGAAAUUCAUAAUUCCGCUACUACUCUAUCAAUUCCCAAGGCCUCGCGAGAGGCCGGUGACAAGCCAGCCGUGACUGUAGGCCAUCGAAGCAGCGCUCCAAACCCCAGGGAAGGACUCUCCGGUCGA